CUCUAUUUUCUAAUUUUUUUCUCUUGAAGCACUUUCUAUUCUAUGACCUCAAAAUGCCAGUACAAGAGCAUAACCACCCCGCUACCCGAGCAUUGCAUGCGGAUGAUCCGUUAAAUCUAGUAACUGAUGUCGCACCGCCAAUGCAUUUGUCAACGACAUUCAGGUAUCCCAGCGAGCUCGAGAAGCUUAUCCCGUCAGAAGAUCCAGUCGCAGAAUUUGAUGGGAAAAAUUAUGUCUACUCCCGGGAAUUUGCACCGAAUGCAACGCGAUUUGAAGCCAUUCUAUCCUCUCUUCUCCAGGGCCACGCCGUGUGCUAUGCCACUGGAUUGGCCGCCCUUCACGCUGCACUAUUACUCCUGAAUCCUCGUCGCGUAUCAGUAGGCGAAGGAUACCAUGGAAGUCAUGAAGUAAUAUCAGUUAUUUCCCGUCUCUCGGGGUUGCAGAAAUUGGGUCUUGACUGCCCGGCAAGCGACUUAGAAAAGGGAGAUGUAAUCCUACUUGAAACCCCAAUCAACCCACUAGGGACUGCUUUCAGUAUUGAGGAAUAUGCUAAGAAGGCUCAUGAGAGAGGUGCCUAUCUUGUUGUAGACAGUACGUUCGGUCCACCUGGCUUGCAAGACCCAUUCUUGUGGGGGGCUGAUAUAGUCAUGCAUUCGGGGUCGAAGUAUCUUGGGGGCCACAGCGAUAUGUUAUGUGGCGUCCUCGCAACGCAGCGUCAGGACUGGACAAAGCAGCUCUUCGAGGAUCGCUUUGCCCUUGGGCAUGUUAUGGGAAAUUUGGAGAGUUGGCUGGGUGUUCGGAGCUUGCGGACGUUGUCAAUCCGUGUGCAACAUGCCAGCCGGAGCUCUGCAAAGCUGAUUGCGUGGCUCCACGGUUCUCUCAAUGAACCGAAUCCGAUUCCUAACAGUGAAGCGCAUGUUGUACAGGCGGUUCUUCAGAAGAUUUUUCAUGCGAGUCUCCAAGAUGAGCCUUGGGUACGGAGGCAGAUGCCGAACGGCUUUGGCCCGGUCUUUGCUCUCGUUCUGCGCAACGAGGAAUUCGCUCGCGGAUUGCCAAGAAAAUUAGCCUUCUUCCAUCAUGCAACAAGUUUAGGUGGAGUGGAAUCUCUCAUUGAGUGGCGCGCAAUGUCUGAUGCCAGGGUGGAUCGAAAGUUGCUGAGAGUUAGUAUUGGAUUGGAGGAUUGGGAAGAUUUGAAGAACGAUCUACUGCAGGCAUUCCGGUCGCUAGUGGAAGAGCAGUGAUUGUUUUUUGCUUACUAUAUCGAAAUCCAAAAAUAUGCAAGAUGAACUCUCAUCGCAAUAUAGUUAUCUCAAUCUUCUUAUGCACCACCAUACAUAUCUAUCCACGGUCGCUACGUAGAUAAAUACGCCAAUUCAGCUCAACUACGGAUGGGCCAUAUGUAUAAGCUGGUCACUUGUUGGUUAAUAUAUACCAUCACCACCCCCCAAUGAUUAUGGCUUCAUUGACUAUUUUUAUGCCGGCAAAGCUAAGAUUCUCAUCACGACCAACAACCUCCUCCGUGGUCUCAGCUUUGAGUCAGUAUCGCUAGUCAUCUUAGACCAUAUUCCAACGAAUGGCCGGGUCAAAACAGAUCCUGACUACGAUACCUACCUGUAUCAUAUUAGUCGUUUAUUUUGUCUUGGAUCAGAGGGGAAAACAUCGUCUAACCAGACCGAUGGACCUGACAUGAACGCAGUUCGAGCCACAGGAAGACUCAAGCCAGAGAUGGAACUAUAAAACAAAUAGCCGCAAACCCCUGCCAGCCCCCAAUCCUUUUUCCCAACUAACCAUCCCAUGCGCCCUAGUUCCUGAAACAGGUGAUCUUGCUUCAAUUGCCGACAAAAGGACACUGAAAGCUUAGAGAGAUAACCCAUAAGAAUACUUUCUACUAAACCCCCCACAAGACCCCGUAGAAAGCCGUUGAAAGGACUAUAAUAGAGAUCAGGGAACACUAGAUAUGGACUAUAUAUGGACUUUCGGGAG